CAAAGGCUGAAGCUGCUCCCUUUGCCACAUUAUAACUAGUAGGGGUUCCUCACCGACCAUGGCCACAGCUGCCUCGAAUCCCUACAGCAUCCUCAGUUCCAGCUCUCUGGUCCAUGCGGACUCUGCGGGCAUGCAGCAGGGGAGCCCUUUCCGAAACCCUCAGAAACUUCUCCAAAGUGAUUACUUGCAGGGAGUUCCGAGCAAUGGGCACCCCCUCGGACAUCACUGGGUGACCAGUCUGAGCGACGGAGGCCCAUGGUCCUCCACACUGGCCACCAGCCCCCUGGACCAGCAGGACGUGAAACCCGGGCGAGAAGACCUACAGCUGGGCGCGAUCAUCCAUCACCGCUCGCCUCACGUCGCCCACCACUCUCCGCACACUAACCACCCCAAUGCCUGGGGGACGAGCCCAGCUUCGAACCCGUCCAUCACGUCGAGCAGCCAACCCCUUAACGUGUAUUCGCAGCCGGGCUUCACCGUGAGCGGCAUGCUAGAGCACGGGGGGCUCACCCCACCACCGGCUUCUGCCACCGCACAGAGCCUACACCCAGUGCUCCGAGAGCCCCCAGACCACAGCGACCUAGGCUCACACCACUGCCAGGACCACUCCGACGAGGAGACGCCAACCUCGGAUGAACUGGAACAGUUCGCCAAACAGUUCAAACAAAGAAGAAUCAAGUUGGGUUUCACACAGGCCGACGUGGGGUUGGCACUGGGCACAUUAUAUGGAAACGUGUUCUCGCAGACCACCAUCUGCAGGUUCGAGGCCUUGCAACUGAGUUUCAAGAACAUGUGCAAGCUGAAGCCGCUACUGAACAAGUGGCUGGAGGAGGCUGAUUCGUCCACAGGGAGCCCGACCAGCAUUGACAAGAUCGCAGCGCAGGGCCGCAAGCGCAAGAAGCGAACCUCCAUCGAGGUGAGUGUCAAGGGUGUACUGGAGACGCAUUUCCUCAAGUGUCCCAAGCCUGCGGCGCAGGAGAUUUCCUCGCUGGCAGACAGUCUCCAGUUGGAGAAAGAAGUGGUGCGUGUCUGGUUCUGUAAUAGAAGACAGAAAGAAAAAAGAAUGACUCCACCAGGGGAUCAGCAGCCACAUGAGGUUUAUUCGCACACCGUGAAAACAGACACAUCCUGCCACGAUCUCUGACUGCAGGAAGCAAGCAAGUGACCUGCCGCACUGGGAGCAGCGCGGAUUCCUUUCUCUCCCACUCCCUUCCUUUCAAUGCAGCUUCAUUAUUGCCAUUUUCUAGAUCUCUCUCUCUCUCUCUCUCUCUCUCUCUCUCUCUCUCUCUCUCUCGUUUUGUUUUAAUUUUCUUUCUUUACCC